GAGGCCGGCAGUCGGAACUGGGGCCCGAACCCGGGAUGGGCGGGGACUGCCUGGGACUCGGGGGCUCCCGGGGUCGUCAUGGCAACGUGCCCCCUCCCUUGUUCCGGCCCGUUCCCGCCCAGGUUCUGAGGCAUAGUGGCCGAGGGCUCGAGGUGCCACGGCGUCCAGGAGCGAGGACUGGGCCGGGCAGGGUGUCACUCCGGAGUCGGGGAGCAGUCGGGGAGGGGCGAUGACUUUUCAGGUUUGGGGGUGGCGGAGGGAAGACGCAUCUCAGGUUUUGGCCUGGGUGCCUGGCGCCGAGGGCGGGAGACGGGGAGUGCUGACGCGCAGGAGCCUGGCUACAAAAGACCCCACAGCUGUAGAGAGAGCAAACUUGUUAAACAUGGCUAAACUGAGUAUCAAAGGACUCAUUGAAUCUGCCCUGAGCUUUGGCCGCACUUUGGAUUCUGAUUAUCCCCCCUUGCAGCAAUUCUUUGUUGUUAUGGAACAUUGCCUGAAACACGGUCUUAAAGUAAGAAAAUCAUUUUUGAGUUAUAACAAAACCAUCUGGGGCCCUUUGGAACUGGUGGAGAAGUUGUACCCAGAAGCAGAGGAAAUAGGAGCCAGUGUCCGGGAUCUGCCUGGUCUGAAGACCCCUCUGGGUCGAGCAAGAGCAUGGCUUCGAUUAGCCCUUAUGCAAAAAAAAAUGGCCGAUUACUUACGUUGCUUGAUUAUUCAGAGGGAUCUCUUAAGUGAGUUUUAUGAGUAUCAUGCACUAAUGAUGGAAGAAGAAGGAGCAGUAAUUGUUGGGCUGCUGGUUGGCCUGAAUGUGAUCGAUGCUAAUCUGUGUGUGAAGGGAGAGGAUUUAGACUCACAAGUUGGAGUGAUUGAUUUUUCUAUGUAUUUAAAGAAUGAAGAAGAUAUUGGAAAUAAAGAAAGGAAUGUUCAAAUUGCUGCCAUAUUGGACCAAAAGAAUUAUGUUGAAGAAUUAAAUAGACAACUGAACAGCACAGUCAGCAGCCUCCAUUCAAGAGUUGAUUCAUUAGAAAAGUCAAAUACUAAGCUGAUUGAAGAGUUAGCAAUAGCAAAGAAUAACAUCAUUAAACUCCAAGAAGAAAAUCAUCAAUUACGAAGUGAAAAUAAAUUGAUUUUAAUGAAAACACAGCAGCACCUAGAGGUUACCAAAGUAGAUGUGGAAACUGAGCUUCAAACAUAUAAGCAUUCUCGUCAGGGGCUAGAUGAAAUGUACAAUGAAGCCAGAAGGCAGCUUCGAGAUGAAUCUCAGUUACGACAAGAUGUAGAGAAUGAGCUAGCAGUACAAGUUAGUAUGAAGCAUGAGAUUGAACUUGCCAUGAAGUUGCUGGAGAAAGAUAUCCAUGAGAAACAAGAUACUCUGAUAGGCCUUCGACAACAGCUAGAGGAAGUUAAAGCAAUUAACAUAGAGAUGUAUCAAAAGUUGCAGGGUUCUGAAGAUGGCUUGAAAGAAAAAAAUGAAAUAAUUGCCCGACUAGAAGAAAAAACCAACAAAAUUACUGCAGCCAUGAGGCAGCUGGAACAAAGAUUGCAGCAAGCAGAGAAGGCGCAGAUGGAAGCUGAAGAUGAGGAUGAGAAAUAUCUACAAGAAUGUCUCAGUAAAUCUGACAGUCUGCAGAAACAAAUCUCCCAAAAGGAGAAACAGCUGGUGCAACUGGAAACUGACUUGAAGAUUGAGAAGGAAUGGAGGCAGACUUUGCAGGAAGAUCUUCAAAAGGAGAAAGAUGCCUUAUCUCAUCUUAGAAAUGAGACUCAACAAAUCAUUAGUCUUAAAAAAGAGUUCCUUAACCUCCAGGAUGAAAAUCAGCAGUUGAAAAAAAUAUAUCAUGAACAAGAGCAAGCUCUUCAAGAACUCGGCAACAAACUUAGCGAAUCAAAACUUAAAAUUGAAGACAUAAAAGAAGCCAACAAAGCAUUGCAGGGACUGGUUUGGCUGAAAGACAAAGAAGCAACACAUUGUAAACUUUGUGAAAAGGAAUUCUCACUCUCUAAGAGAAAGCACCACUGUAGAAACUGUGGGGAAAUUUUCUGUAAUGCCUGCUCUGACAACGAACUACCUUUGCCUUCUUCACCAAAACCAGUACGGGUUUGUGAUUCCUGUCAUGCAUUGCUGAUUCAGAGAUGUUCAUCUAACUUGCCCUGAGACUCCAGAACUAAAUCCUUAUGUAUGAAAUUACCUACAAUGAAUGUUAUGAUGUUGUAUACAAAGGUAACCAGACAGCUCUUCUUAAGCGGCUUUCGGUCAGUAUUUGGUAACAGUUUAUCUUCUACAUAUUCAGAUCAUGGAAAUUACAAGUUAUAUGAUAUUUCCUUCCCCAUUGUUAUUCAAAAUGAAUUUUCAACACAGCAUGCUUAAAAAUCAUGUAACUCAUUAAAAGGCCAGAUAGCAGAGUUAACACAACUUGCCUUAUCUUGUAAAGGCCUUUUUAAAAAUAAGGCUUCAGAUUGUUUUUUUCUUCUGAAUUGUCAAUUUGGUGGUGCCUGCAGUUCUCUUAAUGCACUUUAAAGCUUCACAGUUCUGAGACUGGAAAUGCAUAAAACUUUUUAGAAGUAUUAA